CAGCUGAUUAGGAGUCUGCGCAUCUGGGGAUGUUUGAGAGCAUACAAAGGAAUUGCUAGAGCAAGCAGAAGUGGGAAACCUCUCCAGAAAGUGAAGAUGUGCUCAUAAAAACAGGGCGGGGGGAGGACAAAGAAGUUGUACACAACUCAAAUCUCUUUGACCGAGCAGGGACGACAAGGAGAGAAGAGAAAGAGGGGAAGAUGAAGGUCAACGUCUCUUUCAGGAUGGUGGACUGCAUUUUCAAAAUCCUGCUGUUGCUGCUCUCCAUUUUAAAUCCAGCUUCUGCACCUCCGCCGCCCACCUUCAGGCUCUCGGAAGAGUUGGCGGGCAGGGAGCUCAUCCCAUCACCCAUCAUUAAGUUUCCAGGUGACGUUUCCCCCAAAACAGACAAAGAACUGGCAUUUCAAUACCUCAACAAGUAUUAUGGAUGUCCCAAAGACAAUUGCAACCUACUCGUCCUGAAGGACACUUUGAAGAACAUGCAGAAGUUCUUCGGGCUUCCUCAGACUGGAGAACUGGACCAAAACACUAUAGAGACCAUGAAGAAACCCAGGUGUGGCAACCCAGAUGUGGCCAAUUAUAAUUUCUUCCCCCGGAAACCAAAAUGGGAGAAAAACCUCAUCACGUACAGAAUUCUAGGCUACACCCCAGAUCUGGAUUCUGAAACGGUGGAUGAUGCGUUUGCCCAAGCCUUCAAAGUCUGGAGUGAUGUCACACCGCUGGAAUUCUCCCGGAUUCAUGAUGGAGAGGCAGAUAUCAUGAUCAACUUUGGACGAUGGGAGCAUGGGGAUGGGUAUCCUUUUGAUGGUAAGGAUGGUCUUCUGGCCCAUGCUUUUGCUCCUGGACCAGGGGUUGGAGGCGAUUCACAUUUUGACGACGACGAAUUUUGGACUUUGGGUGAAGGCCAAGUGGUCCGGGUGAAGUACGGCAACGCGGAUGGGGAGUUUUGCAAAUUCCCCUUCCUGUUUGGCGAGAAGGAAUAUAACAGCUGCACCGGUGCAGGGCGAAGCGAUGGGUUCCUGUGGUGUUCGACCACCUACAACUUCGACACAGAUGGCAAAUAUGGAUUCUGCCCCCAUGAAUCUCUUUUCACCAUGGGUGGAAACUCCGAUGGGAAGCCGUGCAAAUUCCCCUUCCUGUUUGAAGGAAGAUCCUUUGACAGCUGCACCACAGAAGGAAGACAAGAUGGGUAUAGAUGGUGUAGCACUACCGAAGAUUACGACCGGGAUAAGAAAUUUGGAUUUUGUCCAGAGACAGCAAUGUCUACCGUGGGUGGAAAUUCUGAAGGACAUCCGUGUGUUUUUCCUUUUAUAUUCCUUGGGAAUACGUAUGAUUCUUGUACCACUUCGGGACGGCAAGAUGGGAAGAUGUGGUGCUCUACCACUAGUAACUAUGAUGAAGAUCGCAAAUGGGGAUUUUGUCCGGAUGCAGGGUACAGUCUGUUCUUGGUUGCUGCUCAUGAAUUUGGCCACGCAAUGGGACUCGAACAUUCUGAAGAUCCUGGUGCACUGAUGGCUCCCAUCUACACUUAUACCAAGCACUUCCGCCUUUCUCAAGAUGACAUUCAAGGGAUCCAGGAACUUUAUGGGGGUUCAAUUGAUGUUGGACCAGGACCAAAACCGACCCUUGGACCUGUCACUCCUGAACUUUGUGGCCAAGAUCUUGUCUUUGAUGCCGUGGCUCAAAUGAGGGGCGAGAUCUUUUUCUUCAAAGACAGAUUCUUCUGGAGAACCGCGAAUGAAAGGAGCCGGCCAACUGGACCAUUGCUGGUGGCUGUUUUCUGGACCGACCUUCCAGAAAAAAUCGACGCUGUCUACGAAGCUCCUCAAGAAGAGAAAUCGGUAUUUUUUUCAGGGAACGAAUACUGGAUUUACACAGCCAGCACCUUGGAAAGAGGGUAUCCAAAAAGACUUACCACUCUCGGGCUACCCCCUGACGUGCAACGUGUCAACGCUGUAUUUAACUGGAGCAAAAACAAGAAGACUUACAUUUUUGCAGGGGACAAAUUUUGGAGAUACAACGAAGUAAAGAAGAAAAUGGAUCCUGGCUUCCCUAAAUUAAUCGCAGAUGCUUGGAAUGGUGUUCCAGACAAUUUAGAUGCUGCACUGGAAGUGAGCGGAAGUGGACACAGCUACUUUUUCAAGGACUGGUACUACCUGAAAAUGGAAGAUCAAAGCUUAAAGAUUGUGAAAGUUGGCAACGUGAAAUCAGACUGGCUGGCUUGCUGAGCAAAGCGCCCCCCCCCCUUUUCCUAACCAACCAUUUAUUAUCUGUUUUGAUGUGUUAAGAGUCCUAUGUCUUCCCCCUACCGUUAGAAAUAGAGCUAUAUCCUAAUUCAGGGGCUCGGCUGGUACCAGCCCAACCUAUUCAACACCACUACUUGAUACAACGGUUUCAGAGCUGAGAAAGCACCGGGACUUGGGAGGAAGUCCCAUCCCAUUCUUCCUUCCUUCUCGAAGCCUUCAGAAUUCCCUAGAUCUGACAUUUCUUCUCUUCUUUCGUUUCAAAAUUUAAGCGAUCGAGGCCUGACCUUAUUGCCAAGGGUUCCAGAUCGGCAAAGCUACUGCUAAGAUGCCGUAACGGCCAAACCGUUCCCAUUUUGGAAAGCAAUCAUUAGCCAACCGUACGCCCAGAUCAAAAUAUACCCCAAAAUGUAGAACAUUAGCAUCACCAGGAAGUCGGUUUUCUUCAAUAUGGACUCCCCACAUGCCGCUCUUCUAAAUUUAGAGGGAAGAAAACAUGGAGAGUUUAGACUUAUUUUUUUACAGCCUGGAAGUUCCAGCAAUAAUAUACAGAUUUUGUUCUUUCAAGUCAGGUUGGACAUGAAAUGAAAUUAUACCAGCAACCCGAAUCUCGAAAAAG